AUGCGUAGUAGCAAUAAUUCCAAGAAAUCCACAGAAAGACAUCGAAGUAUCAUUGGAGAGUCCAGGGAUGAUUCAGAAAAUGAACAAUGGACUCCAGAUAAUGAAGAAAAUUCGAAACUUUCCAAUUAUGAGUCUGACGAUGAUUUAUCUAACGAAAAACGCCGAAGAAUACGCAAGAAAGGCAGAAAAGCUAAGUUUCUUGUUGAUCAGCUCUUAUACGAUCAACAAGUAUUUGCAAAUCAACAGCAAAUGAUGCAAUACCAAGCGCAACAGGUUAUGGUACCGCAACAAAUACCAAAUAUCACGGUUCAAUAUGAACCAGUUCACUAUUCUGCACAAUUUAAUAGAAAUUUACCUGAUCUAGAAUCCGUAAAUCCGAACCACAUUCCAGGAUCAUUUGAUUUAGUUCCAAGAGGUUCCUAUUGA